AGGGAUUCUUUUUAGUUGUUAUUUUUGCCCGUUUUAUACUGCAAAUCAACUACAUGAUGCAUGAUCUUGACAAACCCCUUCCGGAGCUUCUUAAAAUGCUCCAGACUGCAGAGGAGAACCUUACUAAGGGCAUGGGUGCUUCCGUCCUUAUGGUCCAAGGCGGAAAGGGGAAGCCGAAGAAAGGGAUCAAGAUUAAGGCUAGGACGGUCGGAAAGCCUAAAUCGAAGUCCACUUCAUCUGCAACCCAGAAACCCAUAGGAGGAGUUGCAAAGGGAAAAUGUCAUCACUGUGGUAAGGCAGGCCACUGGAGAAGAAACUGCAAGACAUACCUCACAACCAAGAAGAAGGAAGGUACGACCUUUUCUUCUGAGGUGUAUGUUAUAGAAGUUAACAUGUCUAUAUCUUCAUCAUGGGUACUAGAUACUGGAUGUGGGUCUCAUAUCUGUACUACCAUGCAGGGACUGAAGCAGAGUAGACGGUUAGCUCGAGGCGAGAUUGAACUCCGAGUCGGCAAUGGUGCACCUGUUGCAGCUUUGGCAAUCGGAACUUAUAGUUUAGUCUUGCCUAGUGGUCUAAUGUUGGAAUUAAACGAUUGCUUGUACGUUCCUGCAAUUAGCAGAAACAUUAUUUCUGUUUCAUGUCUUGAUAAGAGUGGUUUCAUCAUUUCUAUUAAAGACAAGUCCCUUUCCGUUUACAGAAAGAAUGUUUUCUAUGCUAAUGCCAACAUGACCAAUGGGUUAUAUGUCCUUGACUUGGACAUGCCUGUCUAUAACAUAUCAGCCAAGAGGAACAAACCGAACGGUUUGAACCAAACAUACCUAUGGCAUUGUAGGUUAGGCCAUAUAAACGAGAAACGCAUAUCCAAGCUACAUCGGUCGGGAAUGCUGGAGUCAUUUGAUCUUGAAUCAUAUGACACAUGCGAAUCUUGUUUAUUGGAAUCAUUCUGGGGGUAUGCGCCGAGCACUGCAAUAUAUACUCUUAACCGAGUUCCAACCAAGGAGGUUGAAGGAACACCAUACCAGCUAUGGACGGGCAAAUGCCCGGUUCUGUCACACUUAAAGAUUUGGGGCUGUGAGGCUUAUGUCAAACGUCUUUUGACGAAUGGCAAGUUUGACGCCAAGUCUGAUAAGUGUUUCUUCGUGGGAUACCCAAAGGAAACUCGAGGGUAUUCAUUCUAUCACCCUAUCGAUAAGAAGGUAUUCGUUGCUCGCAAUGGUGUCUUCCUCGAGAAGGAAUUUCUCUCCAUCGCAACUAGCGGGAGAAAGAUAGAGCUCGAAGAAAUUCGAGACGAUGAAGAAACUACCGCGCCGGUUCUGGAACAUGAGCUAGAGGAACAAACUAUUGUACCUCAAAAUGCUCAAGAUACACAAGAACCCCGUAGGUCUAACCGGUUACGCACACAACCUGAAAG